AGAGAUGGACAAAUUUAGGCAUUUGAUGUCCUGCAGACGUCUGAUAAAGGACACACACCCACAGGAGUUGUCCUUGGGACUCACACAGCUCAGAUAAGAACAGCAGCCGAACCAACAGUCAGAAUUCCUCCCAGCCUUUACUUUCUCUUGCUCAGCCGCGACAAUGGGUGUGUGUGUGUCCCUGCCAGAACCGGUGAUGGCCGACCAGCCUCUCUCGCAGCCGGCCGACCAGCCGCUGACAAAGUUCCCCCACUCCGGCCUCCCCAGGAGGAAAGAAGCCCUGGGAGACGUCCUGCAGGCCCGGGGCCAGUGGGCCAGCAAGGCCGAGUUCCUCUUGGCGGUGGCCGGGCAAAUCAUCGGACUGGGCAACGUCUGGAGGUUUCCCUACCUCUGCUAUAAAAACGGAGGAGGUGUGUUUUUUGUCCCCUACCUGCUGUUCCUGGUGCUGUGUGGCGUCCCCCUGUUCCUCCUGGAGACCUCUCUGGGGCAGUUCACCAGCUUGGGAGGGGUCAGCGCCUGGAGGACCAUUUGCCCAUUAUUUGGAGGUCUCGGCUACGCUAGCCAGGUGAUGAUUCUGCACGGCUGCGUCUACUACGUCGUCAUCCUGGCCUGGGCCCUCUUCUACCUGUUCUACAGCUUCCAGGCCGAGCUGCCGUGGUCGCACUGCAACAACACGUGGAACACAAACGCGUGCUUCUUGUUCGAUGAAUACAAUCAGACUGUAAACGUCAGCAGCUUACCUGUGAAUGCCACCUCCCCGGUCAUGGAGUUCUGGGAACGGGAAGUGCUCCGCCUGUCAGGAACUUUAGAUGAGCUGGGUCCGGUCAGCUGGAAGCUGGCUCUGUGUCUGGCCGUCGUCUGGCUCGUCUGCUACUUUUGUGUCUGGAAGGGCGUGAAGUCCACUGGAAAGGUGGUGUACCUGACAGCCACCUUCCCAUACAUCAUGCUGCUUGUGCUGCUGGUGCGCGGUGCCACUCUGCCUGGAGCGACCCAGGGCAUCAUUUACUACCUCAAACCCAACAUCACCCGCCUGGCUGACCCUCAGGUAUGGAUGGAUGCUGGUACCCAGAUAUUUUUCUCUUAUGGAAUCUGCUUGGGAAGUCUCACAGCCUUGGGCAGUUACAACAAAUACAACAAUGACUGCUAUAAGGACUCCUUCAUGCUGUGCCUCCUGAACAGCGGCACCAGCUUCCUGGCCGGUUUCGCCAUCUUCUCGGUUCUGGGCUUCAUGGCUGAAGAACAAGGCGUUGACAUAGGCGCCGUGGCUCAGUCAGGACCCGGUCUUGCCUUCAUCGCCUACCCGAGAGCCGUGGCCAUGAUGCCCGUUCCUCAGCUCUGGGCCGUCUGCUUCUUCCUCAUGAUCAUCAUGCUGGGUCUCGACACGCAGUUCGUGAGCCUGGAGGCUCUCAUGACUUCGGUGACGGACCUGUAUCCCCACGUGAUCCGGCGCGGAUACCGCAGAGAGCUGCUGCUGCUGCUGGUGUGCAUUGUUUGCUUCCUCAUUGGGCUGGUCAUGGUCACGCCGGGUGGUCUCUAUGUGUUCCAGAUCUAUGACCACUUCUCCUGCAGUGGAGCCAGCUUGCUGCUUCUCUCCAUCUUCCAGUCUCUGGCUGUUGGCUGGAUCUACGGAGCCGAGCGUUUCAGCGGCAACAUCAGAGAUAUGACUGGCUACAACCCCCUGCCUUUCUUCAAGCUGUGCUGGAAGUACCUGACUCCAGCUGUGUGCACUGCUACCUUUAUUUUCUCCCUGGUGCGUUGGUCUCCGCUGAGCCUGGGGAAAGGACUGGUGGCUCCGGUCUGGGCCACCACGCUCGGCUGGAUCCUGACCCUCUCCUCGGUUUCCCUGCUCCCCAUCUGGGCUGUGUACGCGCUGGUCACCACUCCAGGAACCCUGCCGCAGCGCUUCCAUCGGCUUUGCACCCCUGCUGAGAAGUCGUCUAUGGCCUUCCAGCACCUCUUCACCAACGGCUCGCCGCUGACCUACAGCCCCGUGGCACCUCUCAACGGGAAGCAGCAAAUGAUAGAGCUCCUCCCAGAAAAGAAGACAUGACAAUAACGAACGCUUUGUGGCACUGUAUGCUGCUCAGCCAAUCAGGUGUGCCGAACAGAACAGCUGAUCACAACAGAAGACUUUAUUUCAAAGAAUGUUUAAGGAGAAAUGUUAGAAUUUACCAAAAAGUCAACAGUUUGAGGCAACAGUUUGGAAGAAUUAUCAGAGCAUCCGACCCUAAACUGGGAUAAAACUUGAUUGGCCGUUCAGAUCAGCCACGGUUCCUGUUCCUGCCCACCCGAGUUGGUCAUUUCCAUACAAAAACAGCACACACUCCUGAAUCUUAACCGUUUUUGCCUCCAUACUUGCUAUCAUAGCUUUUCAUCUAAUUUUACAGUUUAGUUGCUGUACUUGAGGACCAUGUAACAACAACAACAACCCCUAGAGACGUUCCCUUUGUUUGGCAGCAGCACGCAGUCCUCAGCUACACUAUACUCUCUAUGAGAGACUCAGAGAGUGUUAGCAUGUCUGCUGAAAUGACUCCAUGAGUCAGACAUGUGAUGUCAGAUGAUUUAUCUGGAGAUUUCUUGAAUUUCUCAUCCAAACCAAGUGGGGUUAAUACUUGAGUUGCGUCCACUAAAUGCCACUUUUGCUGCCAAGCUCUGAAGCUUGCUGUGAACAUCUUAACGACAGCAGAUCUGACUGAAACGUGCACUAGUUUGAGGUAGUUUUGCGUUUCCGGUGUUUCUUUAGAAACGGCAUAGAUGAUCAUUUAGUGGUGUUUCUCCAGAGUAAAAACUUCAGUACAUUUGUUUCAACUGUUAUAAGCAAUAAUAAACAGAAUAUAAGCUGGGAGACGUAGUCAUAUUGAUUAAAAAUGAAACAAGGGUUGCUGAAAUGCUUUCCUGCUUAUUUGUAAGAUUAAAGUUAACAAUUAGUCAAACAGGUCAACACUUCAAAUUGAAAAGCGGCUGAAAGGAUAUAUCAUAAUAGAGUAUACCUUCUUUGAAGGUCUCUGCAAACCUCGUUUAAAUUAAUUUUUUUAAACUACUGCUGCUUCAAAGAACAAAAAAAAGAACUAUACAAUAUUUUUUAAUGUCUG